GUUUUGUUGCUUGUGAAAGUGCUGAUAUAAGUAUAAUUGACAGUAUUUUGGGUAGAGUAGGUGCCGAAGACAGUGUUACAAAAGGCCUUAGCACCUUUAUGAUUGAAAUGAUUGAGACUUCUGGCAUCCUUAAGGUUGCUACAAAUAAAUCUUUGGUGAUCAUAGAUGAAUUAGGCAGGGGAACAUCAACUUAUGAAGGUUGUGGAAUUGCUUGGGCCAUUGCUGAAUACUUAGCUACUGAGGUAAAAUCAUUUACCCUAUUUGCUACUCAUUUCCACGAAAUAACGAGACUGGCUGAAGAUUGUUCUAAUGUUCGCAAUGCUCAUGUAUCCGCCUUAUGUGACGGCGAUGUUUUCACUUUAUUGUAUCGUAUUAGACCUGGUGUUUGUAAUAAAAGCUUUGGAAUACAAGUUGCUAGAAUGGCAAACUUUCCUGAAGAAGUUGUAAAGUAUGCUGAACAUAAGCAUUCAGAAUUAGAAGAUAACACAGUAGAUGCUGAUUUUAAAACUAUUGAGGAAGCUGAUAAAAUUAUUGAAAGUUUUCUAAAGAAAUGCAAGGAAGAUAUUUCGGAAUUGAAUGAUCAACAAUUGAAGCAAAAAUUGGAUUUAUGCUUUCAGGAACUAAAUGAAACCAAUAAUAAUUACUUGAAAGCACUUUUGACCAGAUUUAAGUUAUAGAUAAUGUCAAAUUUUAUUGAUAUUGUUUCUACACGUAAUAUA